ACUUUACGUCAAUUCGGUGGUGGUCCAUGUUCUGUUUGUUUCAAGUCUUGUUACGAAACAUAUAAAUGUUCCUCUUGUCCUUCUGUCCAAACGCUAUUCAAAGCCACUUUUUUUCGAAGAAGGUUACUUUUCUAUCUAAACCAGUAUACCUAGAAACUUGGAACAAGGACCAAAGACUGGUCAAACUUCGCGGUUUGCAGUGUGCCGUUUCGGACGAGAACGAUUGCUGUUCAAACAUCAAGUCUUUUGAAAAGAGAAAGAAGAGACAAUUUACGUCAGAAGAAGAUAAACUAAUUAUACAGCUGCGUGAAAAGGACAAGUUAUCUUGGAGAGAGAUUGGCAAGCGACUCAACAGACACGGAUAUGUUUGCAAUAUAAGAUAUAAAUACAAUCUACGGAGUCGCAAUUCCGUAACCUCUUUCGGUGGUGACAAGUGGAGUCACUUAGAGGUGCUGGUCAACGAACUGGGUCCAGACUGGAAAAGAAUUGCCGAAAUAUUACAGUUUUCAAAACCAGAAGAGGUUCGAAAUAAAUAUUCCGAACUUAUGGCGAGAAAGAAACAGUAUUCAGUUAUGCCCCUGGCAAGUGAAACAAGCAGUGAAGAGCAGUGUUGGGAACAAGUUUCGAAGGAAUUUCCUCAAGGAACUACCAAACAAGCCAGACCUAGCUCCUUGGAAUGUUUAGUACCUGUAAACAGACGGCAAGGUUCUUUUACUGUAGAAGAAGAUAAGUUCUUAUUGGAACAGCUGAGAAAGUAUGGUUCGGAUUGGAAUCGCAUUGUGGAAGAUUUUCCCUGGAGAACUAGAAGGACUGUCAUGAAACGACUUCAACAGUUGUCUAUGAAGUCGGGCAGUUCACGCGGUCGAAAGUUAGUUUGGACUGAAAAUGAGGACAAUUUAUUAAUUGAUUUGUUUAUACAACACGGUCGCUGUUGGUCACUAAUUUCUAGAAGUUUGUUUGGGAAGUCAGCUUCUCAGUGUCUUCGAAGAUUUCUCAAGUUGCGAAAGGAUGGGAAAGUAACGAUAACUGAAUGGACUCAGAGUGACGAUAAACGACUUGUUUGUAGUGUUGGUUUAUACAAUGAAAACUGGCCUUUAAUUUCAAGGGUUCUUAAAUAUUGGUCGUAUUCAGAAUGUGAGAGACGAUAUCAAGUGUUGCAACGGGAGAAUAAGGUUCGCCUGUUGGAAAGAAUGGUAAUGAAAGAAGUACGUAGAGGGAAAUCAAGUGAACUUUUAUCAUCAUGUACCAUUCAUACUGAUGAAUACGGCUUCUUGAGUGAAGGAUGUUCUUCAUCCUUACAGGAAAUAUUUUUUGGUUAAUAGCUCUGGAGAUGUGUAAAUAGAGAGAAACAGAAUUGCGUUAUUCUUAAUUGAGAGUUGGUUUUUGUCUAAUGCAACAAGUGUCAUUUUGUAAUGGAUCGCUUAGCCAUUGGGUUGUAUACGGUUGGGAAACAAAAGAAUGUUAUUUCGAAAAGUUUCACAAGGGAACAUUGUUUAGUAAAGAAUGUAGUGACUAUCUUAGUAUGUUUGUAGUUUUGAUUCGAGUUUGGAGAGCUACCAAAAGUUCGCUGUGAAGCUUGUGUUCUUUGGAUUUUCUUAGAAAGUUUCUAUUGUCAUGGAGAGUAGAUCAAUUAGUGUCAUUUAUAUGUUUUUCGAACUGUACAACAUUGAGGAUGAACAAUUUUGCUACUUCUCCUCCAUUUGGUUGCACAUAGCAAGCUUUGUCACUUUUGCAACGAACACACACACAAACAUUUGCACGUGCGCGAAAGAAGGCUACAUCUAAAAUAUUCUCGUUUUCAACCAACGAC